ACUGCUGCUGCCUGACUCUCGAGAUUAAUGUCCCCCCCCCACCUCUUAUUCUCAUUGCACUGUCCCAAUUGCUUCCCUCCCCCUAAAGGACUCUGCACCUGACUCAAGAUAAGAGCCGAUCAUUGCCCCACCCACUGAAAGCUGAAACCAGCUCCUCUGCAGAAGGGACGAUCAGCUCCCAGCUCUAGGGGCAAAGUGAGGUCUAGUUGCUAGAGCAGGGGGCUAGGAACCAGGACUCCUGGGUUCUAUCCUGGCUCUGGAAGGGGAAUGGAGGCUAGUGGCUAGAGCAGGGAGGCUAGAACUCCAGACUCUGUCACUGCUGCCCCUCCCAUCUCCAGGCUUCCGGUUCCCACUCUACAAUGGAUAUAAAGAGACAAACCCACCUGGGUGAAAUGCUCUGAGAACGAAGUCAAGCAGAAGUGCCAUCACCCCCCCCAUACACACUAUGAAGCUCCGCUACAUCAAAGCUUAUGUCUGGCUGUCCUGCGUCUUUGUCGCCAAUGUGAUAGUCUACACUGUAGUGACGCUCUCAAGGAGGCCGCUCAGUCUACAGGCUUCAGGGAGAUCAGCUUUCAUUGGGGGCCAUUUGAGGCUGUGGCAGCACAGGGACCUCCAUGGCCUUCCUCUCUGGGACCUGUUGCUGCUCUACAUGGACCGGCUGGAAAACCCCAUACUGAGGAACACCACAGCCCAGUUCAACCUCACACUGCCAGGGACGUGUGGAGAGAGUUUCCAUGAAGCCUCCCAGAGGCUAGUAGAUUUCUCCUCCUACCCUAGCCACCUCCAGGCUUUCGUCCUCUCCAUGCACUGCAGGGACUACCCGCUGCUAGUUGGGCCAGCAGAUGAUGAGGCCUGCCCAAAUGGGACCCAACUGCUGGUGGCUGUUAGGUCCCAGAUGGCCAACUUUGACCGACGUCAAGCCAUCCGGCAGACAUGGGGCCGAACGGGGCUAGUGAGGAAUGUGACAGUGCAGACGCUCUUCCUGUUGGGCAGGCAGGGCUCAGGGGACGGGCAUCCAGAUCUGGAGGCGCUUCUAGAGCUGGAAAGAUGGAAAAACAGGGAUCUCCUGCUUUGGGACUUCCAGGAUACCUUCUACAAUCUCAGCCUAAAGAACAUCCUGUUCCUAGGGUGGCUGCGGGGCCACUGCCCCAGUGUGGAGUUGAUCUUCCUGGGGGAUGAUGAUGUCUUUGUUAGGGUGGACACCCUGAUGGCUUACGCUGGGAGCUUUGAUGCUGUCACUCGCCGGGGCCUCUUUGCUGGCCAUGUUAUACAGGAUGCUGCCCCAGUCCAUGACUGCAAACACAAGCACUAUGUCCCUGAGUCCUUCUAUCAGGGCACCUACCCACCCUAUGUGGGGGGUGGAGGAAUCCUUUGCUCACGGGAUGUGGCCACCCGGCUCCACGAGGCCUCGUGCCACUUGCCCCUCUUUCCCAUCGACAACAUCUACCUGGGGAUCUGCCUGAGAGAACUGGCGCUGAUGCCACAGAACCACCCUGGUUUUUGGACCUUCAACAUGGAGGCCGAGGGACAGGAGGACUUGUGUGCUUACAAGGAACUCAUCAUGGUGGAUCACAGGACACCCCAGGAUAUCAUCCGGCUGUGGCGAGGCCUGCAUGACCCUGCUUUAGCCUGCUAGGCCCCAUGGUGGUGGCCAUGUUGGUGGUCUACUUUUCUUUGUGGCCAUCUUGAUUUUCUAGCUUUCCUUAGUGAACAUCUCGGCUGACUGGUUGGCCAGUGUUCUUUGGAGGCCAUCUUUGCCUCCUGGAGGAUAUUUCCCCAUUGAGGUGUGGCUACAUCUCCCUCAUGCAGACUCCAAGAACUGCUUCUUCUCUGGAGGCUCGGCUCUGAAUCCGAGGCUGCCAUCUUAGUCCUUGACGUCUGGCUACAGUGCUGCUGCUUAGCCCAUGGGUGACCACCCCACAGUGCCUCCUGCUGACUAAGCAGAGAUUGAGUUUCUCAUGCAGCCCAGAUACAUAUCCAGAGAAGGCUAGGGAAGCUGCUACUGCCGCCAUGCCUGAGGGAUGAACGGCUCAGUAGGGAGCACUCCCCUCACACUAAGUGCUCCCCCCAAUGCCCCAGUGUGACACUAGAGGGUUCUUUGCUGCAGGGAGCAGGAUGGGGGGUCAGUAGGGGGUGCUCUCCUGUCGCAGUCAGUGCUGACCCCAGCAUGGAACUAGGGGCUGUGGUGCAUAGACUUAUCCCAGGGGUGUAUCAGAAGGAGACAGCUCUCUCAGCUGUAAAAUUUGGAUUUAGACUAUUGAGUUGCAACUGAAAGGGUCAUUUUUUAUGCAGUUAAUUGGUAACAUGCAGAAAUCCUCUCAUUUUGUUCUUGGUUCCUCCUGCAUUCAGAGAAUCAGGGCUUUGUGUACAUUUCUUAUAAAUAACCAAGAGUGCAUCAAAGAAAUACCUGAGUAUCAGCAAUUUCUCCUCUUCACUGGAACAUUCCCGGAGUCCUGAAAUUUGACUAGCUGCUUGGGUCGAAAAUGGGCAGCAACACAAACUGUACAUGGUGCUUCUCGCAGCAGGUAAAUGAUGCUACACAAUAACUACAGCGUUGUCCAUGAAUUGUGCUGGCUGCAAUGUAUUGCGUGUCUGUGUGUCGUUGCCUCCUGCUGGACAGAAUCAGGCUGCUGGGGAGUGUUUUCUCUCACCCUGCGAUUGCCUGAGCUAUGCUGUUCUAUGGCAACACCAAAGACGCAGUCCCUGAUCAUUGUAAGAGACAGGAAGGCUGGCCUUGUCUUUAAGGCACAGAGCUGGGACCCAGGAGAUCUGGCUUCCAUUCCCAGCUCUGCUACAGCCUCCCUGUGUGAUCUCGUGCAAGUCACUUCAUCUCUCUGGGUUUCAGUUUAACCAUCUACAAACCCUUUCUUUGUCUACUUAGACUGUGAGCUCUUCAGGGCAAGGGCUGUCUCUGUGAUUGUCUCGAGGCCUGGCAUGACAGGGGCCCUGAGUCAGGACUCCCGGUUUCUGUACCUACUCCUGCCGUUAUGACCAUAGCCAGCUUGCUUCCUCUCUCUGCCUCAUUUUGCCUGUACCAAGGGUUAAUUUAUGAACAAGCUUUGAGCUUCCUUGGCAGCAAGAGGCCGGAGAAGGGGAGCUGAACAAGCAGCAGAGCCCUGGGCAGUCACAGGAAUGUUAUCUGAUCAUGCUGAGAGCUGCAAUUUCACCCCCUAAGCUCCUGUUUACAUCUCUCCCGUUGCACUCGGGUUAUGAACCAGCAAAGGAGUUGAGAGCAGCUCCUUCGUACCUGGCCAGGAGCCAGGGUAAUGCCCUGAAAUAACCCUCUGUAUAGCGGGGGAAAAAAGAAGCUGAACUGGAAAUACAAGAUGAGGUGUAGGGGGCCCUUGGGGAAAUGCUUUCUCCACUCCCUGCCCCUUGCAUUGCUGUGAAAGUGGGGUCUAAUGGUUAGAGAAGGGGAGGGGAGGGGUGAUGGUCAGGACUCCUGGAUUCUAUCCCCAGCUCUGGGAAGGGAGUGGGGUCUAGUGGGCUAGAGCAGUGGGGGAGCUGGGACUCAGGACUCUUGGGUUCUUCCCCAACUGUGGGAGAGGAGUAGGGUUUAGUAGGUUAGAGCAGGGGUUCCCAAACCUUCUACUCAAGUGACCCACCGACUGCAUUUUCUUUUUUUAGUGUAGGUCCAAAUUCAUGCCACCCCCUCCCCAAUCAUAGGUCAGCAUUCUUCUCCUCCUCCACAGACAGGGGACCAACCACUUGCAGCAGCACCCUCUGACCAGCACUGCAACCCUAAUCCCAGCCCAGUGCAGAGGGGAGGUUGCAGGGAAAGGGGGCUGGAGAGCAAGUCUGCUCUACACUCACCCUGCAGCAGCAGCUCCUGUCCCAUGGUGCUGGGCCCAGUUCCCCAACCUGGCGCGUGUGGUUGCAGCGCCACUCAGCUUUGGCCCAGAAUGGCCAGAGAUGGGAGUUGGGCCCAGCCCUGCAGGACAGGAGCUGCUGUUGGGGGGUGAGUGCAAUGCAGGCUCUCUUUCUAACCCCCUUAGCCUGCUGGGACCUCCCAUCCACACCAGGCCCAUGACUCAUCUACAACCUUCUCACAACCCACUGAUUGGGACACUGGGUUAGUGCAGGGUAUAUUAGGUACCAGGACUUCUAUUUCCAGCUGAGGGAGGAGUGAGGUCUAGGGGCAAGAACAGCUCAGGACUGGGAGUUAGCACUCCGGGGUUUUAUUCUCAGCUCUGGGAUAGGAGUGUGGUCUAGUGGCUAGAGAAGGGCAGGGUGGGGGUAGGGGCUGACUGCCAGAACACCUGUAUCCCUGUUCUUUGGCCCUGAUUUUCUGUGUGAUCUCGAGGCAAGUCCCUCUUAGUUAUCUGGCCCCCAUCAUAAUUGGAUCUGCACCUCCCUGUGCCUCCAUUUUCCUGUGGCAUGGAGAUAUUUCCUUUUCUCACAGGCAGCAGAGGAAGGGAGAAUGUGAUACAGUUACCGAAUAUCUGCACAGUCCUUGGGGCCUGUUGUAUUCCUAUUCUUCCUCUUGUCAGUUUUUCCAACGACUCAGCCCUUACUCCUAUUAACUGCAACCAGGAUCUACAGCUCUGCAUUGCUGGCUCCAUCUCCACCAGGAUGCCAGCUUUUUGCAUAGAAAGCCCCUAACACGCCCAAGAAAGAUGUAUUUUUUUUUUUUUAGGGAUCAGAAUGAUUUAAGAGGUAGCCAGGGGCUUAUUUCAAAUAUUUAUAUAGGGCUGCUUUGGCUGGCAGUAUUUAAAGAAACAAACCAGGCCCUAAAGUAAAAUAUUUAUAUUAGUUACUAUCCUAAGGCGCAAGUGUAAGUAGGAGGGAGUCUGCAGAGAUGUUGCACCAGGCUAGGAUUGUGUGUUUUCACAAGCUAGGGUGUUGAUGACUCAGUAGGGACACUCUCCUCUCAGUCUGUUGGCCCCAAUGGGGGAUGAACUGAUUUCCCCUUAUGAUAUGUCCCCUAAUACAGAAGCGUGUAUGGAUCAUAGCAUCCCUUCCACAUAGGAGGGGAGGGAAUGAGUCUUCUCCCCACCACUCCCAAUGGUAUUUCCCCUUGUAUAUACAAAAGGGUAUAUGGCUUAUACUUUCCCUUCCACGGGGAGGGUGAUGGUUCUUUCCCCCACUCCCAAUGGGGUUUCUCCCUGGGUAUAGAUAUAUUUAUAAAGCAGAGAAGGGGUAUUAAGUACAAACCAUUCCCAACUCUUGCUGAGGUGUGGAGAAGAAAUUGUAUAACUAACCCCACCCCCAGCACGAUAGUAUGUUCCCCUAUUAGGAGAGCAGGACCUUCAUGGUUUAUAUCAUUGGUGGCCAACUUUUUUUGCCAGCCAUGGCACAAUAUGAAUUUAUAACAUACCAAAAUAUCACUUUAUUACUAACAUGUCUAAAACAGUGAAUUUCAACUUGUGAUCUAUGGAUCCCUUGGGGUCUGCAGAAUAUGUCUAAGAUUUCCAAAGGGGUCUGCACCUGUGUUUGAAAUUUUUUAGAGGUCCGCAAAUAAAAAAAGAUUGAAAACCACUGGUCUAAAAAAUAUGACAGUUAAUUACAGUAUUUCCUAUAAUGUAAUUAAUGCAGAAUAAAACUAACCAUGAUCUGGGUGUCAUGGUAGCAGUCUAAA